UGGUUAUUAUAGAACAAAACGAGCCCAGCGAAGCAAAGCCUACUACAACGCUUUGGUUUCUCCACCACCCCCAACCCUUUCUUUCUCUUUCUUUCCAUCUCUCUCUCUCUCUCUCUCUCUCUCUCUCUCGGAGGCAGAAAAGAAGAACAACAACAAAACACCACCACCGAAACAACAGCGAAGAAAAAGUGUUCUCCCAGUGAGAUCUAGGGUUUCCUCGAAUCCGCAGAGAGGACAUUGAUCCAACAACGAAGAAGAACAAGAUUCCAUAGUGGUGGAGGAGGAGCAGCAAUCGCGAGCAUGGAUUCGGUGCCUUCGAAUUCACAUGGAAACCUCGACGAGCAGAUUGCUCAGCUCAUGCAGUGCAAGCCUUUGUCUGAACAAGAGGUAAGGGUCUUGUGUGAGAAGGCAAAGGAGAUUUUGAUGGAAGAGAGUAAUGUUCAGCCUGUGAGUAGUCCUGUUACAAUUUGUGGUGAUAUUCAUGGGCAAUUCCAUGACCUUGCAGAGCUUUUUCGUAUUGGAGGAAAGUGUCCAGAUACAAAUUACUUGUUUAUGGGAGAUUAUGUUGACCGUGGCUACUACUCUGUUGAAACGGUAACGCUUUUGGUUGCCCUUAAAGUUCGCUAUCGUCAGCGCAUCACCAUUCUCAGGGGAAAUCACGAAAGUCGUCAGAUUACACAAGUUUAUGGGUUUUAUGAUGAGUGCCUUCGGAAGUAUGGUAGUGCUAAUGUCUGGAAGACCUUCACUGAUUUGUUUGACUACUUUCCGUUGACAGCAUUGGUUGAAUCUGAAAUAUUCUGCCUUCAUGGAGGGUUGUCCCCUUCUAUUGAAACGCUUGAUAACAUUCGUAAAUAUGAUCGUGUGCAAGAAGUUCCUCAUGAGGGUCCCAUGUGUGAUCUUUUAUGGUCUGAUCCAGAUGAUCGCUGUGGUUGGGGCAUCUCUCCUAGAGGUGCUGGAUAUACCUUCGGCCAGGACAUAUCUGAGCAAUUUAACCAUACCAAUAACUUGAAGCUGAUUGCUAGAGCUCACCAGCUGGUUAUGGAAGGGUAUACCUGGGGACAUGAGCAAAAAGUGGUUACCAUAUUUAGUGCACCUAAUUAUUGUUAUCGCUGUGGUAACAUGGCAUCCAUCCUUGAAGUUGAUGAUUGCAAAGGACACACAUUCAUUCAGUUCGAGCCAGCUCCAAGGAGGGGAGAGCCGGACGUAACCAGGAGAACACCUGAUUACUUCCUAUGAUAGAACUUUGGUUGAGUUGCUGCUGUAGUCAGAAACCAGUGCCCUGCAUUAGUGUGCAAAGCUCAUCUCUGCGUGGAAAUCAGAGCCAUUGCAUCAAAUUUGAUACUCGUACAUUUUCAAAGUUAGGCCUGGCUGGAUGUGUUAUUUUACUUGAAUGAAUUUUUAAAUUGAAUCUUUCCCAAGAGAAAGCUGAGGAGCAGGCGAUACUUGUGGGCAUGUGUACACGAUUUCAGCAUGCAAUGUAUCAAUUUAAUGUUUUUUCCAUUUUUUCUUUUUCUAUUUAUUUACCAUUAUCUUGACCUUUCACUCCUCGAUUUAGGGCUAUUGUCAAAGCGAUGGGUUUCUGUAGAUGGAUGAUACUUUAACAUAUCGUCUAAAGGGUGCUUUAUUUUUUUUAUACAUUUAUUUUUUUUUAUC